UUCUGGGCAGGUACUGUCAUCUGUGUCUUGGAUGGUUCUGAUAUUCCAACAAGCAAGUUUGAUUUUUCCUCCACUAAUUGUACAAGCAAGUGGAGAAGACCUGUCCUUUUUCUUUUUGGUGCAAUUUUGACCACAUCCUGUUCCACCACAUCCCAAAGUGUUCCAAGAAAACAUCCUCAUACUGUUAUACCACCAUCACCAGCCUGAACUGAUGUAACAACAGUUCAGGCCAGAUGGAUCCAUGCUUUCACAUUUUCAUCCCAAGUUGAUGCUACUGUCUGACUCAUUAGUUAAAGUCUAAACUGCAGUUUCUCUGUGUAUUGUUUAGCUGUUCUUUUAAUGUGAAUCAUUUUAUACAUUUUAGUCUGAGGGUGUUGUUUGUUGUGAAGUUACGCAUAUAUUCAAAGAGAAAGUAGAAUCAUAUAGAAAAACUAAUGCAAGAACACCAACUGGAUCAUCCUGCACCAUCAGCAGUGUUUCUCUAGAUGGCAGUGGAGAGCCCCAACCUGAGACUGAAGGAGGGAGGAGAAGCAUCAUUAUCAACCUCUCUGUCACUGGUACAUUUAAAGCAAGCAGUCUGUGUUUUGGUCUUCGGGCUGCAGCAAGACAAUAUGGAGGUCAGAGCUCUGUGUGUAAGACUGUUGAUGAUCGUUAUGAUUCUGCUGGAUGGACAGGAUCAGAAAGCUGAUGCAGUUUCUCUGAGUAUCACUCCAAACAGAUCGCAGUUCUUUGAAUAUGAAUCAGUAACAUUUUACUGUGAAGGAGUCGAUCAUUGUGAAGUUGUGCAUAAAUUCAAAGGGAAAGUAAAAGCAUGUAGCAAAACUAAUAAGAGAACACCAACAGGAUCAUCCUGCAGCAUCAAAAAUGUUUAUACAGAUGACAGUGGAGAGUACUGGAGUGAGACUGGAGGAGGGAAGAGAAGCAACAUUAUCAACAUCUCUGUCACUGCUGGUUCUGUGAUCCUGGAGGUUCCUGCUCUUCCUGUGAUGGAGGGACAAACUGUGACUCUUCACUGCAGAAACAAAAUCGCUUCCUCCAACCUCACAGCUGAUUUCUAUAAAGAUGGACGUCACAUCCAGAGAAGCUCCACAAGAAACAUGAACAUCUACAGAGUUUCCAAGUCUGAUGAAGGACUUUACAAGUGCAGCAUCUCAGGAGCUGGAGAAUCACCAGAGAGCUGGCUGAAAGUCACAGAGGUGAGCCGUUCCUCCUCUGCUGUCACUCCAUGGAUCAUUGCCACUGUUUUAUUUAGCGUUCUGCUGAUGGUGGCAGUUGGACUUUAUCACUUUGUCAAAUGUUGCUCGAAUAGAGCAUUGCUCUGCCAGUCCUCAAAGGCAGAGGGUUCAGGCUCAGCUGAGGAUCAAACAGGCUCCAUAGAGACCAGCGCAGUGAAUGCAGGCAGAGCAACACAUGCUGCAACACAUGCAUGCAACACAUUUUACAGGGCGAACAAACAAGAUGAAGAUGGAUUGCCCACUAGACCCAUUUACUACACCUUAGGCCCGGGUGACCCUCAACAACAGGGAACCUUUACAAAGAUGCCCUCUGCAGCUGUCUACCAAAUUAUAGCAGAGGAUCCUUUCUAUUCUACAAUACAGUAGCAGCAGAGUGAGAGCUGACUGAAGAUAUAAUAACAUCUGAGAGAGUGAAAACAAUCCAGAAUUAACUUGUACUGUUUUUGUAAUUGAAUAAACUGUACAUUUUCAUCUGCUUAUGGAGUGCAUGUGUAUAAUCUCAUGUCUGGUCAGUUACAUACAGAUAGCUGACUCACAUGGCUGUCAGUACAUAUAAAGUUUCAAUGCUAACAAAAGCUUCUGUCUGUUAUUUAGAAGUUGAAUUUAAACCAACUUGUUCCAUCGUCUCUGUCCUUUUACACAUGUUUGAAUGCUGCUUACAAGAAAUGAACUGUUGGAGCUUGUACACACCCUUAAUGUGGUCGACCACUAAUUUGAAACUGUCAUAUUACUUUUGUCCAAAACAGAUGCAACAAGUUUGUGGUCAGCAGUGAAAUAUACAUGUGAAGCACAUC